CACAGAAACUGAUGCUCCUCGCUUGGCACCCUCACUGGCUGUGGCACAACGGACCGAAACACCCAGAUGCACGUGGAGGGAAGGACCAAGGCUCCGGGGGCCCAGCCAAGUCCUGGCAUGGGCACCACCAGCAAGAGGCCCGGGGUUGAGCCUGCCAUAUCAGGAGCCAGCCAGGCUGCCUUUCCAGAUGCUGCAGGGAUGGGCAGUGGGAAGCAGCCCUCAUCAGCUCCAGGGGGUCCAGAGAAGGGACCAGAACACAGGAAAGCCUCAGAGGAAGGGCCUCGGGAGCUCAGGACGCAGGAGCAGAGGCAUCCGGAAGGACCAGGGAAGAAGCAGUCAACUCUGGCACCCCGGCAAGGGCCCGGAUUGCCGAAAGGAGGCCAUGAUCGGGCCAAGCCAGGAAGUGAGCCGGGGGUGCUGCCUUCCAGGGUCCCCGCAGCGCAGGAAGGGCAGCAGCAACAGGGCUCGGGGAAGGAGACCGAGGGCCAGCAGGGGAGACAGCAGAACCCAGGGACGGUGGAGGGUCAGGCCCCCGAGAGCCACCAGGGCCCGGAGUGUCAGCCUCCCCCGGGUCACCAGGCAGCUAAUGGGGCAGGCAUAGCGCAGCCAGCAAAGGCUUCUUGCACCUCGGAUGGCUGUGGGCAGCAACCGGGAGACAAGCCCACCAAGGAGGUGGACACCCCACAUGUCGGGCCACAGGGGGCUCUGCCAGAGCCUGGCCCGUGGGGACAUGAGGACAGUUCUCAGGGGCCAGUGCCCCCAAUGCCCACAGCAACUCCGGAGGAGAAGACGGCCAACUCUUUCCCACCAUCCACGCCGGCACCCGACCCACCCAAAGGAAGGGUCUCUCCCUUGUUUAGGGUCGAGGGUGCGGAGACCCAGCCAGCACCAGGGCCUGUUCCUCCACCAGAGGCGAGGGACCCUGCAGAGAGGAGGGCCCUGGGCCCUGUGCAGAAGCAGCCUCAGGAGCCCACGGUGGCCGCAGGGGCCCAGAACCUCGGGAUCCUCCGACGAGGCUUCAUGAAGUGCCUGCUGGAGGUGGAGGAGGAGGAGGCCACGCAUCGGAGGGCGGCGGCCAAGGCCCGGGCCCUGCCAAACCGGAAGUCCCCCAGGACCCUGACCCCCGUGCCCACCUCAGCCCCAGGCCUGCUUCUGACCCUGCCUCAGACCCCGGCGUCGGCUCCCGCGGCGAUGGCCCCACCCUGGGCCCGGUCGCCGGCCCCCACGCUGGACACGGGCUGGAGAAGGGCAGAACUCCUGCACCUGAGCGGCGAGAGGAGCCUGAGCAGCACCAAGGCACGGCAGGAGCUGGAGGAACGCGGCCUCCUCAAGCUGUAUCAGAACUGGGAGGAGAGGUCCGAGGAGCACCUCACCCUGAAGCAGGAGGAAGCCUUCCGCAGCUACUUUGAGAUCUUCAAUGGCCACGGCGAGGUGGACGCCCAGAGCCUGGAGAACAUUCUGCUGCUCGUGGGUAUCUCCCUGACGCCGGCUCAGGUAGACGACGCCCUGACAAGUGCUGACAUCGAUGGAGAUGGUCGUGUGGGCUUCAAGGACUUCUUGGCUGUGAUGACAGACACCAAGCGCUUCUUCUCCUCUAUGGAACAGAACGCCCUGAUGAACACAGCUCCCCAAAACCCCCACACUCUGCUCUUUGAGAUCCUGUCCCUGCUGGUGGAGAUGCUGGCCUUACCCGAGGCAGCCUUAGAGGAGAUCACCAACUAUUACCAGAAGAAGCUGAAGGAAGGCACCUGUAAGGCCCGGGAGAUGGAGUCGGCCAUAGGCCAGCUGCGGGCCCGGAAGAAGCUUCCCUACGCCCCCCAGCAGCCAGACAGCUUGGAAGUCCCGGAACGAAGGGUCCUCAGGAUCCUGAGCCGGCUGAAACAGCAGAACUACGCUGCCAAUCUGCAGAGCCCCUAUGGCCAGGCGCCCUGUGUCCCGCUCUAUCCACGGCUGGACAAGAAGAUGGUCCGACGGAAGCAGGGCAGCCACUACCUGCCAGACCAGGGUACCCCCACCAGCCUGGGCCCCGACACCCGUGGCCUUUUCUUGCAGUCAGGAUUUCAAGGAAGCAGGGAACACAGCUCUGAGAGCCGAAAGUGGCUCAGCUCUGUGCCAGCUCGAACCCACUGA